AUGGCUCAUCACGAACUAGACAAAGAAGAGCUUGAUUAUCGCCUAAACUCAAUUUUGAAGCAAGAAGACUUUGGAAUCCCAACGUCAGAGCCAUUAGAAAACCCUCCAAACCUCGCUUUCCAAGCCUUAAAGGUUGAAACCAGCAGCCCAGAGAUAGUCGUUCCAAAAAUCGAGCCUAAGCCUGAGCCUUUAUCUCCAGGCUCAGAAAAUCGCAAAAAGCGAGGCCGAAAACCAAUCAGACCCAACGACCCCAUUAAAAAGAAAACAGAAGAAAAGGACAAGUACUGGCUACGUGUAUUUCGUGCUUAUAUGAAAUCUAGAUACUCCAAAAUCAAGCAAAGGCUCAACACAACUGAACAGCUGUUUUGGUUAGAAUAUCUCGGGCCUAGCGGGAAGCCAGGCAAAGGUAACCAGUUCUUGUCAUAUGGCAAAAAAUAUAAAAACUUUCUGUUUUCUGAGCCAAUUUUUGUAGCUGCUUUCCGGGACUGGUUUCAGAACAACGGACACGAAGAUUUAUCGAAAAAAUGCCAGCCUGGCUCUGAUUUGUGAUAUGUGUAUUAUGACUAUGCAAGUAAGGAUUUAAUGAAUUAUAUCCCACAUGGAGCAUCCUCAGUUGACAGCGGGGACUCUCCAUUGAGCUGCACCUCACCUCCAGAGCUGCAGGAGUCUCCGUUCACUGAUGAUAUUGAUUUCUGUAUGGUUGGCACAGACAACGAUACAGUCUUUGAGAAUUUUAUCAAUCAAAUGUAA